AUGAAGUCUGCGAGCAGACUAUUCUAUCUUUCUGUGUUUGCCCUCUGGGCUGCACCCGGUUCUUGCGAGAGCUCUAGUGAUGAAUGCCAUAUCUCGCCCAAGUCAAUCGUUGGCGAUGCCUGCGCUUCGUAUGCGACUCUCGAUAAACUCAACACCCUGACCAAACCGGCCGUCGACGACCUCACCCACAACACCGACUUCUUCUCGCACUACCGAGUGAACCUCUUUCAUAAGAAAUGUCCCUUCUGGAACGACGAGAAUGGCAUGUGCGGAAACAUUGGAUGCGCGGUUGAGACGCUGGACAACGAGGAGGACAUCCCGGAGAUCUGGCGUGCGCACGCUCUCGGUAAACUCGAGGGUCCUCGUGCUAAGCAUCCGGGGAAGAAGGCGCAGCGCCAGCAUCCUCAGCGACCUCUUGGAGGUAGUCUUGGAGAGAAUGUCGGCGAGAGCUGUGUUUUUGAGUACGAUGAUGAGUGCGACGAGCGAGAUUACUGUGUUCCUGAGGACGAGAGCGCGAGCUCAAAGGGCGAUUACGUGAGCUUGGUUCGAAACCCGGAGCGAUUCACUGGAUACGCAGGCGAUGGAGCCAAGCAGGUCUGGGACGCCAUUUACCGAGAGAAUUGUUUCCAGAAGAGCUCGUUCCCCAAGUCUGCAGAUCUCGGCCUGUCUGGAUGGAACCGCGGUCCCGCUGCCCAAGACUUCAAGCAGAUUCUCGAUGCGGCGGGUCGUCAGGCUCAGCUUGAGGAGCGUCGUCAGGAGAACCCCAAUACUCCGUUCGUCGCAAACACUGGCUUCGAGGUCGACGAUGAGUGUCUUGAGAAGCGUGUGUUCUACCGUGUCAUGUCCGGUAUGCACGCCAGCAUCAGCACUCAUCUCUGCUGGAACUUCCUGAACCAGACUACUGGCGAGUGGAGCCCUAACCUAUCCUGCUACGAGCAUCGCCUGCACAAAUUCCCUGAUCGCAUUGGAAACGUCUACUUCAACUAUGCGCUCAUGACCCGUGCUAUCGCCAAGGUUGGGCCUUAUCUCCAGAAGAAGGAUUACAAGUUCUGUAUGGGAGACGCUUCUGAGGACGCGGCCACUCGCGCCAAGGUCCUUGAGGUCACCGAGAAAGCUGCCAGUGUCCCUCAAAUAUUCGACGAGAGCCUGAUGUUUGUCAACGGUGAAGGGCCAUCUCUGAAGGAGGACUUCCGCAACCGUUUCCGCAACGUCAGCCGUCUCAUGGACUGUGUUGGCUGCGACAAGUGUCGUCUCUGGGGCAAGCUCCAAACCGCUGGCUACGGCACCGCUCUCAAGAUCCUUUUCGAGCUCGAUAACAAUAGCGACGACGUUCCGUACCUCUCGCGCACUGAGCUGGUCGCUCUCUUUAACACCUACGCUCGUAUCAGCAGCUCUCUCUACAACAUCGGACAAUUCCAGCAGAUGAUGGAGGAGAAGGCCUUUGCGGAGAAGGAGCAGGAGGGUCUUGAGGACCUCAACAAGAACGAUAAGCUUAACAAGAAGUUUGAGAAGGAGGCUGAGGAGAAUCCCCAGAUGGACGAUGCUGUGCGGGAGUUUAUCGAGCUGCGACAGAGGGGUCCCAAGGAUGACAGCACGAUGGCUCACGUUGCCUUUGAGCUCGCCCAAUUCAAGGCUGCUAUCAAGAUCAUUAUUAAGGGAUGGAUACGCACGCCCAAGGCACUAUGGCGUGUUUUUACAUCAGAGGUCUCGCGUCUUUACAGAGUUUGGGUCGGUCUUCCUGUCGGUCCUAGAUGGUGGUCGAUGCGGCUGCCUAACCUUAACCCAGUCUCGCCAGCUACAAAUGCCCAGUCCGUCCCCAUCCGCCAACAUCAAGAUACAGCUUCUACGACCAGCCACAACCUCCUCACCAUGAAGCUCGCCCACGUUCUCCCCAUCCUCAGCCUCAUCGCACCAAUCGCAUGCAUCAGGCAAAGACCCGAGACCUGGCCUCCCGCCAUACCCGGGCGAGAAGAGAAAUACUGGGGUACCAGCAAAUACAUCAGGCCUCCCCCAGGAUGGAAACCGCCCUCAGAGGAAGAAAAGAAAGCGAGAGAAGAAUUCAUCCAGGUCCAUCAAAAGGUCGUCAAAGCAAUUGAAGAUUUCAUGUUUGAGACCACACGGUCAGGGGAUCAGGAAUUGGAACAGCUCAAUAUUGCGAUGUUGUGGGUGCAUGUUACUGUGGCGAGAGCGGGGGAUGGGAUUCUUACGCUGGAGGGACCUUAUUCUAGGGAAUCGUGUUUUGAUCUGCUGAAUUAUUUUCCCAAGAUUGCAGAGAAAUGCUGGAAAGCAAUGGCGGCUCUUGAUGACCCGACGCUCGCAUGUUCAACCGUCCUCUCCAAAUGGGAAAAAGGGAGAUUGGCAGAAAAGAUAAAAGAUCUCAGAUUAAUGUUCACACCAGAGAUGUGA